AUGACGGAGCAUAAAUCAAUGACAAGUGGAUGGGGCAAAUGGGAAAACUUUACAAAUCUUAUUCUUCUUUUAAAACUAUGUAUCAAUGUUGAUUCUACUUUCAGGUCAUUGAUGCAUGAACGCGGAUUCAUUGAUCAUCUUUGUAGGCCACAUGAGCUGAAUUUCAUUGCGAGAUGCAUUUUGGCGGAGUUGGAAUUCAAUUUAUAUUCUGUUUCGUGUUAUCACAACACAACAUCAGUUCAUUGUCGUACGAGUGAUUGUGAUGUAAGCACCUUUGAUGCUCCAACAUGCAUGUAA